CUUCCUGUGUCAGUGGAGGUGGGAACAGGGAAGUCAAACUUGCUGGAGCCUGCUGUGGGGUUGUGUCUGCAGGGACGGGCACAGUUGCUUCGAGACAUCCCUGUCUGCCUCCCCUCGUCCUGUCCGGACUGGCGGCGACCGGCCACAGCUGCAGCGAGCCCGGGACGUGGGGCCUGGAUUUUUUGUGGCACUUUAAAUAUGAGCCCCACACAGUGGGACUUCCCUGUGGAAUUAUGUUGUCGGCCUAUGGCUUUUGUUACUCUUACGGGCCUGGAUGUAGUUUAUAAUGCUGUCCAUCGAGCUGUCUGGGAUGCUUUCUGUGCCAAUCGGAGAGCUGACCGGGUACCAAUUUCUUUCAAAGUGCUCCCAGGCGACCAUGAGUAUCCCAAAUGUAGACCCAAGAGAACUUCGUAUGAGUGGUACAUUCCUAAAGGGAUCUUAAAAACUGGUUGGAUGAAUAAGCAUCUGAAUCUGGUGCCAGCCCUAGUGGUUGUGUUCUAUGAACUGGACUGGGAUGAACCUCAAUGGAAAGAAAAGCAGUCUGAGUGCGCCACCAGAGUGGAAAUAGUCAGGCAAAGUUUACAAGGAAGAAACACAAAAGUUGCAGUGGUUCUAAUUCAGAAGAAAACCCCAUUGCCCCCAGGAGAAGAUGUCAUUGCUUCAGAAAGGGCUGCAGCUUUAUGCAAUGCAUGUGAGCUCUCAGGAAAGUCUUUGUUUGUACUGCCACACACCGACCACCUGGUGGGUUAUAUUAUAAGAUUAGAAAAUGCCUUUUAUGAACAUGCACAGACUUAUUACUACACUGAGAUCAGAAGAGUGAAAUCUCAUAAAGAAUUUUUGAAUAAAACAACACACCAGCUUUUAUUUGUUAGACAUCAGUUCAAAAUAGCUUUCUUCAGUGAGUUGAAACAAGAUACACAAAAUGCUCUGAAGAAUUAUAGGACCGCCUAUAAUCUUGUACAUGAAUUGAGAGCCCAUGAAACUAAUAUUCUGGAAAUUAAGACUAUGGCAGGAUUUAUAAACUACAAGAUCUGUAGGCUGUGUUUUCAACACAACACUCCAUUGGAUGCAAUUGCUCAGUUCCGAAAACACAUUGACUUGUGUAAGAAAAAAAUUGGAAGUGCGGAGUUGUCCUUUGAGCAUGCUGCAUGGAUGUCUAAACAAUUCCAGGCCUUUGGAGAUUUAUUUGAUGAAGCUAUUAAGUUAGGGUUAACAGCUAUUCAAACGCAGAAUCCUGGUUUCUAUUACCAGCAGGCUGCGUACUAUGCCCAGGAGCGGAAACAGCUUGCAAAAACCCUCUGUAACCAUGAAGCUUCUGUAAUGUAUCCCAAUCCUGAUCCCUUAGAAACACAAACAGGCGUUCUUGACUUUUAUGGACAAAGAUCAUGGCGACAAGGAAUACUAAGUUUUGAUCUUUCUGAUCCUGAAAAAGAGAAGGUAGGAAUUCUUGCCAUUCAGCUGAAGGAGAGAAAUGUUGUUCACUCUGAAAUAAUAAUAACUCUUCUGAGCAAUGCUGUUGCACAAUUCAAGAAGUAUAAGUGUCCAAGAAUGAAAAGCCAUCUAAUGGUUCAAAUGGGAGAGGAAUAUUAUUAUGCAAAGGAUUAUACCAAAGCUUUGAAGUUGCUGGAUUAUGUGAUGUGUGAUUACCGGAGUGAAGGAUGGUGGACUCUACUCACGUCUAUAUUGACUACAGCUCUGAAGUGUUCUUACCUCAUGGCCCAGUUAAAAGAUUACAUUACUUAUUCCCUAGAACUCCUUGGAAGAGCUUCAACUCUGAAAGAUGACCAGAAAUCUCGGAUAGAAAAGAACCUCAUAAAUGUCUUAAUGAAUGAAAGUCCUGAUCCAGAACCUGACUGUGAUAUCUUAGCUGUGAAAACUGCUCAGAAGCUGUGGGCGGACCGAGUUUCUCUGGCUGGCAGCAAUAUUUUCACAAUAGGAGUACAGGAUUUUGUGCCAUUUGUACAAUGCAAAGCCAAGUUUCACGCCCCAAGCUUUCAUGUCGAUGUUCCUGUUCAGUUUGAUAUUUAUCUGAAGGCUGAUUGUCCACAUCCUAUUAGGUUUUCCAAGCUCUGUGUGAGCUUUAAUAAUCAGGAAUACAACCAGUUCUGUGUAAUAGAAGAAGCAUCCAAAGCAAGUGAAGUUUUAGAAAAUUUGACUCAAGGAAAGAUGUGCUUAGUUCCUGGUAAAACAAGAAAAUUGUCAUUUAAAUUUGUUGCAAAAACUGAAGAUGUGGGAAAGAAAAUUGAGAUUACUUCAGUGGAUCUUGCCCUGGGCAAUGAGACGGGGAGAUGUGUGGUUUUAAAUUGGCAGGGAGGAGGAGGAGAUGCUGCUUCCUCCCAAGAAGCUUUACAGGCAGCUCGAUCCUUCAAAAGACGACCUAAGCUCCCCGACAAUGAGGUUCACUGGGACAGCAUCAUCAUUCAGGCAAGCACAAUGAUCAUUUCCAGAGUUCCAAACAUUUCUGUACAUCUGCGACAUGAGCCUCCUGCCCUGACUAACGAAAUGUAUUGUUUGGUUGUGACUGUUCAAUCCCACGAAAAGACCCAAAUCAGAGACGUGAAGCUCACUGCUGGUUUAAAACCAGGACAGGAUGCCAAUUUAACUCAGAAAACUCAAGUGACUCUUCAUGGAACAGAACUGUGCGAUGAGUCCUACCCGGCUUUACUCACUGACAUUCCUGUCGGAGACUUACGACCAGGGGAACAGCUGGAAAAAAUGUUAUAUGUUCGCUGUGGAACAGUGGGUUCAAGAAUGUUUCUCGUGUAUGUUUCUUACCUGAUCAAUACAACUGUUGAAGAAAAAGAAAUUGUUUGCAAGUGUCACAAGGUAUUUUUUUAUAACUAA